UAAACCUGCCAGCAAGAGCCAAAUUCAAACAGAUGCUACAACUCCUGAUUGACUUGGACUGCCGUCUCACUAUGUCUACAGGGAAUGUAUUCUCCUCCUGCGUGUGUGUUCAGAAAAGUUCUGCUGGGGAAUAUUCCAACCUCCUGCUUCCCUGGUGAAAGACUCUUCCCAUACAGCUGGCAGCUCGGCUAGAAAAAAAAAUCCCAUUUUGUAGCUAUCUGCUAAAUAAAGGGAGAAGGGAGAGUUUGGAUUAAGAAUUCAAGCCCUCUCAGUGGAAACCCAACAGCUCUGUAGUGGAUAAAGACCACAAUCAAGUCAUUAUUUUGGAUUAUCUGUAGACACUGUACAGCAGAUGUACGAUGUAUGACCACUGCUUUCAAAGAACGGCUGGAGACAAUUAAGAGGAAGAGUUAUAAGGUUAACUGUUAAGUGACGAGUUUCAAUCACUUGAAUGUCCAUUGUGCCUGGGAAUACAGAAUUGCUGUCUCAGGAUUUGGACUUUUGAGGCACGUGUGCAUGGCACCUUCCCAAGCCUCUAGUCAUAUGAUAUCCAUACACUAAAGAGACUUUGUUUCUUCUGGACAUUUUUAUAUCAUUAUAAGAGAGGUUUAAUGGCAUUGUAUCAGUGAAUUGUGCCAGUGCAGUGGCACUGUUUUAGUAAUGGCUGUUCACGCUCUUACAGGUUUUUCAUUGGUGAGCUUGCUGAGUUUUGGCUAUAUGUCUUGGGACUGGGUAAAACCAGCAGUGCUUGGAGAUAGUCCUGGGGAUGAGCCAGCCAAACUUCAGAGAACACCAUCUAGGCCACCGCACAUUAUAUUUAUCCUGACUGAUGACCAAGGAUUCCAUGAUGUGGGCUACCAUGGCUCAGAUAUCCGGACUCCUACUUUAGAUCGGUUGGCUGCAGAGGGAGUUAAACUGGAGAAUUACUACAUCCAGCCCAUAUGCACCCCUUCACGCAGUCAGCUUAUUACUGGAAGGUAUCAGAUCCACACUGGGCUACAACACUCCAUUAUACGCCCGCGGCAACCCAACUGCUUGCCCCUUCAUCAAGUAACAUUGCCCCAAAAAAUGCAAGAAGCCGGCUAUUCUACUCACAUGGUCGGCAAAUGGCACUUGGGCUUUUAUAAGAAGGAGUGCCUGCCAACACGCCGUGGCUUUGAUACCUUCCUUGGCUCUUUAACAGGCAACGUGGACUAUUAUAGCUACGAUAACUGCGAUGGCCCUGGGGUGUGUGGGUUUGACCUACAUGAAGGGGAAAAUGUAGCUUGGGACCAGGCUGGAAAAUACUCUACACUUUUGUACGCUCAACGUGUAAACCAGAUCUUGGCUUCUCAUAACCCCCAACAGCCUAUCUUUAUAUAUGUGGCUUUCCAGGCAGUACACACCCCGCUACAGUCCCCUCGUGAAUAUAUUUACCCAUAUAGGGGGAUGGGAAACGUAGCAAGACGCAAAUAUGCUGCCAUGGUAACUUGUAUGGAUGCAGCAGUGAAGAACAUAACCAAAGCACUGAAGAAAUAUGGUUACUAUGCCAACAGUGUUAUUGUCUUCUCAUCAGAUAAUGGUGGUCAGACAUUCUCUGGGGGGAGCAACUGGCCUUUGAGGGGUCGCAAAGGAACAUACUGGGAGGGAGGUGUGAGGGGCUUAGGUUUUGUUCAUAGCCCUCUUAUCAAAAAGAAGAGAAGGACUAGUCGGGCUCUAAUGCAUAUUACAGACUGGUACCCAACUUUGGUUAAGUUGGCAGGAGGAAACAUUUCAAACACAGAAGGACUGGAUGGUUAUGACGUGUGGGGAGCCAUCAGUGAGGGUAAGGAAUCCCCCCGAACUGAAGUAUUACAUAACAUUGACCCCUUGUAUAACCUUGCUAAGUCAGGCUCCAUAGAGGAGGGCCAAGGCAUCUGGAACACAGCAGUCCAAGCAUCCAUCAGAGUAAAAGACUUUAAGCUCCUUACUGGAGAUCCAGGUUACAGUGACUGGAUACCUCCACAGACACUCACUAAUUUUCCUGGCAGCUGGUGGAAUCUGGAGCGCCACACUGAUGGAACCCGGAAGUCCCUUUGGCUCUUUAACAUCACAGCAGACCCUUUUGAGAGGCACGAGUUGUCUUCCUCAAAGCCUGAAGUUGUUAAGGAGCUUCUUGUGCGAUUGGCUCAUUAUAACCGUACUGCUAUUCCAGUUCGUUACCCUGCUGAGGACCCCAGGGGAAAUCCUGAACUUAAUGGGGGUGCUUGGGGCCCGUGGGCUAGCGAGGAUGAUGAUGAAGAAGAAAAUUGGAUUGGGAAGGGCAGCGAAUACACAAAGAAUCCCAAAAAGAAGAAGUGCAAGAUUUGCAAGCUGAGGUCAUUCUUCAGAAAACUGAACACUCGCCUUAUGUCCAACCGUAUUUAAACUUUGACUCUAAUACCAAAACCAUAUGCAAUUUUUCAGGAUGAAAUUCUUAUAAACCUCUUUUUUAAAUAUCAUCCUGCUUUUUAAGACUAGUGUCUAAAGGGCAAAUCAUCAGUGCAAAAAACCCUUUGGCGAGUAUGUAUGAUUAAAUUCACAGGAUAAUGAGAAGGACAUUAAGGAUUGAUGUGCAAUAAAGCUGGAAUAUGGAGUUAAUUUCUCUUGUACUAAAAUAAAUAAAUAGGUUAAUGGAUUUGGGAUGUGUUAUCAUCUUUUAGACUAUUUAUGGAAGGGUUAAUAAACGUUAAUUGUCAGUAGGGCUUCUAGAAAUGUACUUCACCAAAGAGUUUCACCUCCUCUACUUAAAUUUCCGGAUGAUUUAGUUGUACGUCAUAGAAAUAGCACUUACAACACAAUUGCAGAUGCCUCGUGUAGUCCCGUGCAGCAUCCCAAACAUCACUCAUAGCCAUUAAACCACAGACUUAGAAAUGUAUACAUUCAGGAAAUGCUGACAUCUAAUUUGUUUGAAGUCCAUUAAAGGGACACAAAACAAAUACUCCUUUUCAAAAGAAACAAUUAAAUUUUUAACAUAUU